AUUGCUUCCAGUUACACUUUUGUACAUAAUUAGUGUUUCUUGAUUAUUAGUUCUAAAAGUCAUCGACAAGGCAUAACAAAAUGGAUAGAAUGAGCAUACGCACAAUCACCAAAGAUAUUCCAAGCAAUGUCAAAAUCAAAGAUGGAAAAGUUAUUUGCACCGAACAUGGACAAGAGGAGGUUGGGAUGUACUGUAAAAAAUGUGGAGUUCUGGUAUGUACCGGGUGUAUUGAAUUCCGCCAUAGAUCGCACGAGAUAGUCAGUGUUAAAAUUCAGGCAGUGGAAGAUAGAAAGUUGUUGCUGAGAACAAUCCCAGGACUGAAGCAAACAUUUAUUCCUAGUUUAAAAGAUAAUCUCAAAGCUAUUAAAGAAUCAAGAGAUUCUUCCAAGACAGAAUUUUCUAAGCUUAUAGAACAGAUCAAUGCUAGGAGCCUGGAACUAAUUAAAGAAAUUCACAAAAUACGAGAUCGUAUGAUUCAAGAAUGUAAGGCUAAUCAAGAGAAGACAACUAUAUUUCUUAACGAAACAGAAUCUAAAACAUUACAUGGAAUAAGCACUCUAGACAAAUCAAUGAAAUAUUGUGAAGAACUUUUAAGACAGGAACGUGCUGAUCGAAAUGCUGAAAUCAUUCUAGAGAGAAUAGAUCUUGACUCAAAUCUUGAUGAAUUUCCAAAUAAAAACCCAAAAUUAGGCUAUCCAAAUUUUCAUCCAGGAAUCAAUGAUGAAAAUGUCUUAAAACACAUGUUUGGUGGAUUCCGGGGUCAAUUCAAACGAGAUUUUGAUGCAGUAAUGCCGUAUACAAAAUUAACAGAAAUUACGAAAAAGCUUAAACCAAAUAUAGUUGCAGCAUUCAAAUACAAAACAGACAUACGCGCAAUGUGUAUCGUGGAUGUAAACACAGCUUGGUUAGUACCAAUCAGUCAAUAUAACGAAUUGGUCAAAGUGGAUCGAUCUGGAAGAGAAUUGGAACGGCGAAGUACCGGAUUCCAAGUUUACGAUUUAACUCUUACUAAAAAUCAAGAUAUUCUAGCAACAAACUCGGAGAACAAAUCGUUAAUACAACUAACAGAGGAUGGAGGACAUAAGGAAGUUGCAGAUCUUCCUCUCCGACCACGUGGUUUAAGUGCGUGUAAGAAUGGAGAUCUGCUGCUAUGUUUGUGCGAUGCGGUUGAUUUCCCUAUUCAUAAAGAAGGAAAACGCCAGGUUGUACGAAUGGAUAAAAAAUAUAAAAUCAAAUUGACGAUUGAGUCUUACGAUGGCCAUAAGUCAUUUACUCUGCCUGACAGAGUUAGUGAGAAUACAAAUGGCGAUAUUUGUGUUAUAGAUCGCACAGGAGGAGGAAACAGUCAUCUUUGCGUCUUUUCAAGCCAUGGAAAAUUUCUCUUUUCAUAUCCAGAUGUAGAACUUGAACUACAAGAGCAAAUAAUUCCAGCAAAGAUCCAAAAGAAGCAUUCGUUCAGAGAUGUCUGCUGCGAUUCGUUAGGAAAUAUUAUUAUUUCUGACGAAAAAUACAACGAGAUUGUAAUUCUAACUAAACAUGGCGGCAAAAGAUGUCUGCUAACUCAUCGUCUGCAACGCACCGGAGGACUAAACAUAAGUCCUCAUUUCUACCGACCAUCUUGCUUAGGUUUAGACGGUGAUGGGAAAUUAUGGGUGUUACAAAAACAAGGAAUUACCGUUGUAGAUUUGUACAGUCAGUGGAUGCCAGGUAACUCCAGACAACCACUGACAUCAAAUACCCCACGUUAGAAUUAGUUUGUUUCAUUUCACUGUAGAAUAUUUAUUUUA